AUGCGCGGCAUCAGUGUCGCUCUGUUCGCCGCUCUGGCUGCUGCCAACGGCGUCGAGAAGAGGGACGAGACCGUCUACGCCACCCAGGAGUACACGGUUACUUCCUGCGGUCCCGAGGUCACCAACUGCCCGGCCAGCUCCACCCAGGUGCACACCAGCCUGGUUGCCUCGACCAGGCCCGCUGAGGUCACUCCUCCCGCUCCUACCUCCAGCGUCGCUGCUGUGACCUCGGAGCCGGCUGCGCCUUCCUCGCCCGCUGCCGCCCCGGUCCCUUCCUCCAGCGCCGCUGUUCCCACGCCCGCUGUCCCCGAGGUGCCUGCCGCUUCCAGCCCGGCCGCCUCCAGCCCGGCCGCCUCCAGCCCGGCCGCCUCCAGCCCCGCUGCUUCCAGCCCGGCUGCCUCCAGCCCCGCCGUCCCCGAGGUUCCCGGCUCCUCCGCCGCGGUCCCCACGCCCAGCGCUCCUGCUGCUUCCAGCCCCGUCGCUUCCGCCCCGGUUGCGUCCAGCCCGGCUGCCUCCAGCCCUGCGGUCCCCGCGGUCCCCACUCCCUCCGCUGAGGUUCCUGCCUCCAGCGCUGCCGUCCCCACGCCCAGCGCUGAGGCUCCUACCUCCAGCGUCGUGGCCCUGACCUCCUCGGUCGCCACGCCCUCGACCCCCGCGGCUGUUUCCACGCCCGCUGUCCCCGCUGUUCCUUCGUCCAGCGCUGCGGUCCCCUCGGUCUCGGUCGGCACUCCCCUUGUCCAGACCCCUCCCGCCGGCACUCCCGAGGUCCCCUCCAGCUCGGUCGUUGCCCUGACCAGCUCCGUCGCCACCCCCGCGGUUGGCACUCCCCUGACCCCGCUGACCCCGCUGACUCCUCUGACGCCCCUGACUCCCGUCAUCCCCGUCAGCAGCGCCAUCACCUCCUUCAGCACCUCGACGGUCUACGCCACUCAGCUGCACACCAUCACCUCGUGCGCUCCUGAGAUCACCAACUGCCCUGCCGACUCCACCAAGGUCGUCACCAGCGUCGUUGCCGUCUCCACCACCGUCUGCCCGGUCACUGCUACCGAGACUCCCGGUGCCCCCGGUGCCUCCACUCCCGGUGCUCCCGGUGCUCCCGGUGCUUCCACCCCCGGUGCUCCCGUCCCGGCCUCUACCCCCGUUGCCUCGUCUGGCGUCCAGGCUGUCACUUCUGCUCCUGCCGUCACUCCCGUUGGCACCCCCAAGGUCGUCACCUCCCUGAGCACCUCGACCGUCUACUCCACCAGGGUUUCCACCGCCACUGACUACCACACCGUCGGCGGCUCCACCAGCGCCAGCGAGCGUGUCGUCACUGAGACUGUCGCUCUCUCUACGACCAUCUGCCCCGUCACCGCCACCCAGACCCCCGGUGUCCCCGAGACUCCCGCUGUCUCUUCCGGUGUCCAGGAUGUCACCUCCGCUCCCGCUGGCUCUGCCCCCGCUGGCUCUGCCCCUGCUGGCUCUGCUCCCGUUGAGUCUGGCCCUGCUACCCCCGCCACCUCCGUCGUCGUCAAGACCACCGACACCCCCAUGACCUACACCGUCGGCACUGGUGCCUCGGCCUCCGUCCUGACCACGACUGUCAAGAACUACAGCACCCAGACUCUCGUCCAGACUCUUGUCCAGACCCGCCCCGUCUCCAAGGUUGAGACUAACGCCAACGGCGAGCCCACGACGACUCUGUCCUCCACCUCCACCUUCACCAACUACGUCACCGUCACCCCCGUCACCUCCCCCGGUGUCGUCUCUGGUGUCCAGGCUCAGUCCUCUAAGCCCGUCACUCCCGCUGGCUCUGCUCCCGUUGCCUCUGGCACUGCCCCGGCUGGUUCUGCUCCCGUUGCCUCUGGCACUGCCCCCGCUGGCUCUGCCCCCGCUCCCACGAGCCCCGCCAGCGCCACUGAGGUUGUUCCUUCCGCCGGUGCCUCCGUCUGCACCGACAAGACCGUCACUGUCACCGCUCCCCCUGAGACCGUCACCGUCACCGCCCCCGGCUCCGGUUCUCCCGUCACUGAGGAGGCUGUUCCUUCGUCUGGCGUCCAGGCUCUGACCUCUGCUCCUGCUGCUCCCGUUGUCCCCAUCACGGUCACCUCCCUGAGCACCUCGACUGUCUACUCUACCCAGAUCACCAAGUCGACUCAGUACCACACCAACUCUGUCGGUUCCACCACCGGUAGCCAGGAGCACAUUGUCACCCAGACCGUCGCUAUCUCCACCACGAUCUGCCCCGUCACCGCCACCCAGACUCCUUCCCCCUCGUCUGGCGUCCAGGCCCUGACCUCUGCUCCUGCUGCUCCCGCUGUCCCCACGGUCGUCACCUCCAUGAGCACCUCGACCGUCUACUCCACCCAGGUUGCCAAGUCGACCGAGUACCACACCAACUCCGUCGGCUCUACCACCGGUAGCAAGGAGCACAUUGUGACCAAGACGAUCGCUGUUUCCACCACGAUCUGCCCCGUCACCGCCACCCAGACUCCUUCCCCCUCGUCUGGCGUCCAGGCCCUGACCUCGGCUCCCGCUGUCACCCCCGUCGUUGUCACCUCCAUGAGCACUUCGACCGUCUACUCCACCCAGGUGACCAAGUCGAUGCAGUACCACACCAACUCUGUCGGUUCCACCACCGGCAGCCAGGAGCACACCGUGACCAAGACGAUCGCCAUCUCGACGACGAUCUGCCCCGUCACCGCCACCCAGACCCCCGUUGCCACCCCCGGCUUCGGCGGCCCCCGUCUGGCCACCCCCGGUGCUUUCUACCCCACCCCCGGCCAGGUCUAUGACCCCGCUGCCACCACUUCCUGCGCCAGCACCGGUUUCAUCACCCUCUCCCGCGGCGCUGCUACUCCCUCUGCCCUGAGGAAGUACUAA